AACCUAAGGUUGCUUUACCUUUAUAGAAACCAAUUAUCUAGUUAUAUUCCUCAUGAGCUAGGCAAUCUAGUUAAUCUCUUGGAGCUAAGAAUCUCAUAUAAUUAUUUAAUAGGUUCCAUCCCUUCCAGUUUAGGAAAUCUCAUCACACUCAAGUCUUUGGUCCUCGGCGUAAAUAAUUUAUCUGGCACCAUCUCUCAUGAAUUAGGCAACCUAAUGAACUUAAGUGAUCUGGAUAUCGCAGAAAAUCAACUAUCAGGCUCCAUCCCUUCAAUCCUUGUUAACCUAACCAACUUAAGACAGCUCUACCUUCACAGAAACCUAUUCUCUGGUAAUAUCCCCCAUGAACUAGGCAAUCUAGUUAACCUCACGAAUCUAACAAUCUCAUACAAUGAUUUAAUAGGUUCCAUCCCUUCCACUUUAGGCAAUCUCAUCAAACUCAAAAUCUUGCACCUUGGCGUAAAUAAUCUCUCUAGCACCAUCCCUUAUGAAUUAGGCAAUUUAGUGAACUUAAGUGAUCUAGAUAUCGGAGAAAAUCAACUAUCGGGCUCCAUCCCUUCAAUCCUUGGUAACCUAACCAACCUAAAAUUGCUUUAUCUUCAUAGAAACCUAUUCUCUGGUAAUAUACCCCAUGAACUUGGCAAUCUAGUUAACCUCACGAAUCUAGCAAUCUCAUACAAUAAUUUAAGAGGUUCCAUCCCUUCUAGUGUAGGCAAUCUCACCAAACUCAACACCUUGCACCUCGGUGUAAAUAAUUUAUCCGGCAUCAUCCCUCAUGAAUUAGGCAAACUAGUGAACUUAAGAAUUCUACAUAUCACUGAAAAUCAACUAUGUGGCUCCAUCCCUUCUACUUUAGGAAACGUCACCACUUUAAUAGAUUUUCGUGCUUUUAGCAAUCAAUUGUCCGGCUCUUUACCUGAGGAACUGGGUAAUCACACCAACUUGGUUGUCCUAGACAUGAGUGAUAAUAAUUUAUUUGGUUACCUACCUUCACAAAUCUGUAAAGGAGGUGCACUUCAACAUUUUACUAUACAAAACAACCACUUUGAGGGCCCCAUUCCAAGAAGUCUAAAAACCUGCUCUAGCUUAUUUAGGGUUCGUCUUGAAAGAAACAAUCUUAAAGGAAAUAUCUCUGAAGACUUUGGGAUAUACCCCAAUCUAGACUACAUUGACAUGAGUUACAACCAAUUAUACGGCCAAAUCUCGCCAAGUUGGGCAUAUUGUCAAAAUUUGACAUACUUCAGGAUUUCAGGAAAUCUACUUACCGGGAACAUACCCUCUGAAUUAGGGAAAUUGCUUCAACUAAGAGUCCUGGACCUUUCUUCAAAUCAACUUACAGGAGAUAUACCAAGAGAGUUAGGUACCAUGAGGUCAUUGUUCAACUUAACCUUGAGCAAUAACAAAAUAUCUGAAGUAAUUCCCAAAGAGUUUGGAAAUUUGUCCAAUCUAGAGAUUCUUGAUUUAUCUAACAAUGACAUCAGUGGCCUAAUACCCCAACAAUUAGAGGGUUGCAUUAACUUGCGCACCUUGAAAUUGGGAAAAAAUAAACUCAAUGGGAGCAUUCCUUCUCAAAUUGGAAAGUUAGAAAGAUUGCAAGAUUUACUUGACCUGAGCCAUAAUUUUUUUGGAGGAAAGAUACCAUCACAACUAGCAAGUUUGACAUAUUUAAUAUCUUUGAACUUGUCCCACAAUAAUCUAUCAGGUGCCAUUCCUUCAUCUUUUGGAAGCAUGUUGAGUUUGUCAUCAAUUGAUGUAUCAUACAACAAUUUGGAAGGCCCAAUCCCAAGAAGCAAAUUGUUUCAAAAUGCUCAAGUAGAAUGGUUCAUCCAUAAUAAAGGUUUAUGUGGUGAAGUGCCAAGUUUGCCUUCUUGUGGAUCAGCCACUGCAAGCACUCGACAUUCAACUAAAAACCAUGUUGUACUCUUUGCUAUCACUCCUAUAUUAGGCAGCUUGGUUCUUUUAGGCAUGUCUUUCAUCAUCACUAUAGCUCUUUGUAGGAGAGAAAAACCUACAAAGCAAAAGGAUAACGAUGUUAUUGUCGGCGAUUUAUUUUCGAUAUUGAAUUUUGAUGGAAGAGUCACCUAUGACUAUAUCAUCAAUGCAUCUGAAAAUUUUGAUGAGAAAUAUUGCAUCGGGAGUGGAACAUAUGGCAAAGUUUAUAAAGUAGAACUUCCAAUGGAACAAGUGGUGGCUGUUAAAAAACUUCAUCCAAUAGAAGGAAUGUUUGAUGGGAAAGAUUUCGAGAGCGAGAUUCAAGCAUUAACUAGAAUUCGUCAUCGCAACAUUGUGAAACUUCAUGGGUUUUGCUCAAAUUCAAGUUGUAAAUUUCUUAUAUAUCAGUAUAUUGAGAAAGGAAGUUUAGCUAGCAACCUUCAUAGUCAAGAAAUAGCAGAGGAAUUGAAUUGGGAGAGAAGAGCUCAUAUUAUCAAAGACGUGGCUCAUGCUCUAUCAUAUAUGCACCAUGAUUGCAAUCCAUCCAUAGUGCAUCGGGAUAUUUCUAGUAAUAAUGUAUUAUUAGACUCCGAUUUCAAGGCCUAUAUUUCGGACUUCGGCACUGCAAGAAUUUUAAGACCUGAUUUAUCAAAUUGGAGCAUGCUAGCAGGCACAAUUGGAUAUACUGCCCCAGAGCUUUCAUACACAACAAAGGCGAAUGAGAAAUGUGAUGUAUAUAGCUUUGGCAUAGUAAUAUUAGAAAUAAUAAUGGGAAGGCAUCCAGGUGAUCUUAUCUUCUCUCUAUCAUCGUCAGACAUCCGGCAGAUGUUAUUCAUUGAUGUGUUAGAUCAACGUAUCUCACCUCCUACAGCUUAUAUGGUAAAAGAAGUGCUGUUGCUGGCUAUUAUAGCAUUUUCGUGCAUCCAUGGUACACCACAAGCACGACCAACCAUGCAAAGGGUAUCUCACUUAUUCAUAAAUGGCAAUAUUCCAACUAUUCACGAGCCAUUCAAUUCAAUUAAAUUACAUCAAUUAGUGGAGUUUUCAAUAUAUAUGUAGUGCUUAAAAGCUACAAAAAUCUAAUGUAGCUCUUUCAUGUCGCAUGGUAUAAGUUUUUGUAACUCUAUUCUGAUUUUACCUUCUAGAGACACCAUCAUAUGAACCUCCAUAUUAUUGUUCUCAUUCUCUAUUCUUUUCAACAAAUUUGAGGGAAGUGUCUCACUUCCUCCAUUUUUGCACCAAAAAAAAAACUUUAAUUUUCUUUUA